AUGGACGCCCUGAAGAGCUUCACCUACUCGAGCGGCGGCUCCUCCUCCUCGGCCGCCUACCAGGCGAACUGGGUCGACAUCACCGAGGAGUUCAGAGACGCUUCCAAAGAACUGAAACUGGGCGAGCUGGUGCACGACGAGCUCUUCGGCCUCUACGACGCCAUGGCCGCCAUCGAGCUGAUGGACCCGAAGAUGGACGCCGGCAUGCUGUGCAAUAAGAGCAAGAAGGUGCUGCCCUUCGAGGAGCUGGUCGCCCGGGGCCGCCUGAAGGUGGACGGCUUCACGCCGGCGGAGCUGAUCGGCAUCCUCGACGAGACCUUCAGCUGCCUGGUGACCUGGCUGGACGGCCACUCGCUGGCGCAGACCGUCUUCACCAACCUCUACCUGCACAACCCGGCGCUGGUGGCCGACCGCUCGCUGCGGGCCUUCGCCCUGGUCACCCUGAAGCUGGUGGAGACGAUCAAGGAGUUCGUCCACCAGGCGGCCGUCUACGAGGACGAGGACUUCCAGCCGAAGACGUACAACUUCAGCCUGGCGGGCGGCGUCACCGUCCCCAAGGUCCUGACGGCGAUCAAGGCCGCCGAGGAGGAGCUGGCCAGGCGGCUGAAGAAGGAGGACGACGGCGAGGAGGACAACAAGGAGCAGCAGGCGCUGCUCGUUCGCCUCAGCUUUACGCGGCACUUCUUCCUCUUCAUGAACUGCUUUCGAAAGCAG